AAUUGUUGGGCCUCUACAAACAGGACAACAAGAAGACCUUAAUGGCAUCCACUGAUCAAUAAACUCUCUAUGAAACAUGUGCUUCCACCUCGGCAAAACCCUAACAACCUCCCCACACAUAAAUUCUGCCAAACAUAUCAAACAGUUCUCAGACUCAAACGACACAGAAUAAGACGACGAAGGAACUCCAUAAAUAAUCACUGCAAUUUCAGCAAAAACAUCACACUCGCA